CGCUCGCCUGCACGAUGGACUCUGAGCUCUCGAGGAUCGCGUCGCUCCCGCAGAAGGACAGGACCGCAGCCUACCUGUCGCUCCUCUCUACCACCCUCUCGUCCGCCGCCUCUCCCGCCAGCCUCGAGUCCGACCUCGCCCUGUGGCUCGGCACCGUCUCGUCGCCCGACUUUCCCCAAAUCGUCGCGCGCCAGGUCCUCGAUGGGUUCGUCGCGCAGCUCGCCGAGGUCAGCGACCGCGAGACGAGGAAAGGCCUGCUCAAGGGCGCACUCGAGCUUCUUCAGCCACGCGUGACGAGCUUCGAGGAGCAGAUCUGCACGUUGCGCGAGCAGUACGCCGACCUGCUCGAGCAAGACGAAGAGUUCCCCGAGGCGGCGCGCGUCCUGAUUGGCAUCCCGCUCGAGUCCGGCAGCCGCCCGGACGAGUACAAGCUCAAGGUCUACGUCCGCAUCGUGCGCCUGUUCCUCGAGGAGGAGGACUCGACCUCGGCCGACACGUACUUCAACCGCGCGUCGCUGCUGUCGGGCGCCGCCACGGACCUCGAGACGCAGCUCCAGUUCAAGCUGUGUCAAGCGCGCAUGUUCGACUUUAGCCGCCGCUUCGCCGAGGCGAGCAGCAAGUACCACGAGCUGAGCUACGUCACCGCCCUCGCCGAGGACGAGCGCAUGCACACCCUCGACGUGGCCAUCACCUGCGCCGUUCUCGCGCCGGCCGGCCCGAUCCGGUCGAGGCUCCUCGCGUCGCUGUACCGCGACGAGCGCGCGGCCCAGUCGCCGCACUACUCGAUCCUGAGCAAGAUGUUUCUCGACCAGAUGAUCCGGCCGCACGAGGUCGAGCAGUUUGCGGCCGCGCUCGCGACGCACCAGCUCGCCAAGCUGCCGCCGACCAUGGCCGUCGUGACGGCGCCCGACACGCCGGUCGAGACGGGCAAGAAGGGUCCCGAGACGGUGCUCGACCGCGCCAUGAUGGAGCACAACGUGCUCGCCGCGAGCCGCGUCUACACGAACGUGACGUUUGCCGGGCUCGGGCACUUGCUCGGCCUGCGCCCGAGUGCGGCCGAGGCCAUGGCGCGCACCAUGGUGCAGCAGCGCCGCCUGCGCGCCUCGAUCGACCAGGUCGACGGCCUCAUCGUGUUUGACGCCGACGCCGACCACGCGGCGGGCGCGGCGGCCGAGGGCGCCAUGUCGAACGUGGCGGCGCAGGCUGCGGCGCGCGAGGACGGCGCGGCCCCGGCGACGCGCAGGUGGGACGCGCAGAUCCGUCAGGCGCUGCAGCUCGCCGAGGGAGUCGCGGCGAGGUGCGAGGCGCUCCUCGCUGAGGCGGCGACGGGUACCGCUCCUGUCGCCGCUUCUGCCUGAGCCGCCUCCUCGUCUCGUCCUCCACGCCGUCGUCGUCGCCAUGGUCGUCGUGCGCCUGUAGCAUGUACUGUCUCGCUCUCUCGCAAGCCCGAUACCCCCUCUUCCCCUCGUCGUCGUCGUCGCCUCUGUCCUUUCCCUCUCGCUUUCCCCUCUCGCAACGUCGCACAGUCCCG